UUCGUUUGAAAACAUUGCAAUUGCGUCUUAUAUUCUUAGUAGCCCUGCUACAUUGCAGUCUACAAUGUCAGGAUACCGGCGGGCAGCAGGAGGCUAUGGAUUGGUGGCAAACUGCCCAAUUCUAUCAAAUAUAUCCCCGUUCCUUUAUGGAUUCAGAUGGUGAUGGUAUAGGUGAUUUGAAUGGCAUUGCUUCAAAACUGCAAUAUCUUAAGGAUAUUGGUGUGACAGCUGCUUGGCUAUCACCCAUAUUUGCCUCUCCUAUGGUGGAUUUUGGUUAUGAUAUUUCCGAUUUCUAUAGCAUUCAACCGGAAUAUGGCACCAUAGAAGACUUUAGGAAUCUGAUUCAGAAAGCCAAUGAAAUUGGUUUGAAAAUUAUUUUGGAUUUUGUACCCAACCAUAGUAGUACGGAGAAUGAGUGGUUUAAGAAAUCCGUGAAACGUGAAAGAGGCUAUGAAGAUUUCUAUGUGUGGCAUGAUGGCAAACUGGAUGCAAAUGGCAAUAGAAUACCGCCCAGUAAUUGGUUGCAGUCUUUCAGAGGCAGUGCUUGGGAAUGGAACGAGGAGAGACAGCAAUAUUAUCUGCAUCAGUAUGCAGUGCAACAGGCUGAUUUAAAUUAUCGCAAUCCCGAUGUGGUGGAACAAAUGAAACGUAUUUUAAGAUAUUGGCUAGAUCAGGGUGUGGCUGGUUUUCGUGUGGAUGCUGUGCCCGUUUUGUUUGAGGUAAAACCUGAUGAAAAUGGCCAAUAUCCAGAUGAGGAAGUAAGUGGUUUAACAGAUGACACUGAGGCACGUAAUUAUCUGAAAUUGGAGUUAAUUGAAAAUCAACCAGAGACUAUAGAUAUGGUGUAUCAGUGGCGUCAAGUCAUGGAUGAUCAUCAGCGUAUUUAUGGCGGUGACACUAGAGUGUUGCUUAUUGAGACUUAUGCUCCUACCUGGUUUAGCAUGGAAAUGUAUGGCAAUGCCACUACUGAGGGGGCUGAAUUGCCUUUUAAUUUCAAUUUAAUCACAGAAGUAGCAGCCAGUGGCAUGUCGGCCACAACUGUUGAAAAAGCUGUUGUCAAUUGGCUUAACAAUAUGCCAGCGGGCAGAACAGCCAACUGGGUUAUAGGCAAUCAUGAUCAGCGCAGAGCUUCCAGUCGUUAUGGUGUGGCUAAUAUAGAUGCCAUGAAUAUGUUGGUUAUGAUGCUGCCCGGUGCCAGUGUCACCUAUCAGGGUGAAGAAUUGGGCAUGUUAGAUGGUGAGAUUUCGUGGGAGGAUACAGUAGAUCCAGCUGCCUGUAAUGCAAAUCCUGAUAUUUACGAACUAUCCACUAGAGAUCCUUGUCGCACUCCCUUCCAAUGGUCGGCCGAUAAAAAUGGUGGUUUCUCAACAGCCGAUAAGACCUGGCUACCAAUGGGCCCCAACUAUGAAACUAUUAAUGUGGCAUCAGAGUCGUCAGCCUCAAAUUCUCAUUUAAAUAUCUACAAAUCCUUGAUACAGCUGAGAACUUCGUCAAAGACUUUGCAGCAAGGUUCCUAUAAAUAUAAAGCUUUGAAUGAUGGUGUUUUUGUUUUGAAGAGAUAUUUAGCUAAUGAGGAGACAUUGAUUUUUGUGGCUAACUUUGGUGGAGACUCUUACAGUGCCGAUAUUAAGUCUAAUUUUGAUGCCACUUUGCCGGAGUCUAUGAGUGUUAAAAUAGCCAGUUUAGAUUCAACAAAAUAUGCAAAUGCUCCUUUGACGACCACAUCUAUAUCAUUGUCCCCCGGUGAAGCUGUUAUUUUGAGUGCGAAUUAGGAAAUCAUUUAGAAUUGUUUAAAUUAAUUUGUUUAGAUUUUUAAGGCAAAAAUAUAAAAAUUAUAUAAAUAAUGUAACGAGCAAAAA